GUAAAAAAUAGAAACUUCCAAGAUGGCCGAGGCCGUGGACUCCAUGCAUUUCGCAGCAAACAGCAAAACAAAUUCCCCUAAACCCCUAUUAGCUAAACGUCCGCCGGAGAGCCGACCGCAGUCUUCCAGCGACAUUUACCCGCCGGCCCCAAAGAAGGUCCGGGUGGAGGAGAAGGGCCUGAAGCACAGGAAACUGAACGGAGAGGUGUGCGCAGGGGAAAAACACAACGGGAAGCAGAGUUGUGGGAGCCCAGCGAAAUGGAGUUUCGGCCCGGCCAAGGCGAGCCUCUCUACCGCCGCCGCGGUGCCCGCUACUCCCGCUCGGAAAAUCUUCAAAAUCAGCAACUUCCUCGCCUCGCCACUUAAAGUGAAAAAGACGAAAGAGAAACGGCACAGGGAGAAGGAGAAAAGCAGUGAAGCGCAGCAGAGCUCCGCCGCUGGUGAGGAGAGACUGAGCCCUGCUAGCUGCCAUACAAAGACCGAGAACGGAGACGUGAAAAUGCUACAGAGAGAUCACAAUGCAAAGGAGAAAGACAGAGAAAAGAAGAAGGAAAAGAGCAAAGAGUGCAACAAUCACAAACUGCCACCUGUACAUGACAUUGCAAGAGAAAACGGAGAAGUGAUUUCCCCAGAGAAAGAAUCCAACGAGAAGCCCAAAGCUGUUUCUGAUGAAGAACUCCUCCUGAAGAAACUCAAGAAGAAGAAGAAAAAGAAGCACAAAGAUGGCGAGCGGGUGAAGGAGAGACACAGCAGACCCAAGAUGUACCAUCGCUCCAGCCAGACGGUGUGUUCAGGAGGGUCUCUGUCUCCGCCUGAGUUCCUCGGUCGGAUCAAUGGAAACAGCAACAACAGCAGCAGCAGCAGCAGCAGCAGCAGCAGCAGUCUACUCCACAACACCACAGCACCACAUCCACACCCGGAUCCCGCUACCUCUGCCUCCAUCUCCUCCAUGGUCAGGGACCGGCUCGCUUACAGCUCCCCGCUCCACUGCACCCCUGCGCCGGGCCUGUCGGGUCUGGAGUUUGGUCGUCUGAUCCACAUCGAGCAGCAGGCCAACGGAGGGGCGUCUGUGGCGCACGCCUACAUGGAGCAGCUCUCCUCCCUGUCUUCGGCGGAGAUGCAGCGUUUCGCCGAGGAGUUUGUGACUUUCUCAUUCAGCGAGGAAGAGGGCCAGGCUGCGAGCUUUGUGAUGGGAAUCAUCCAUGGAGCAGCAUCCUACCUCCCAGACUUCCUGGACUAUUUCUCCUACAAGUUCCCCAAUGCCCCAGUAAAGAUGGAGGUGCUCGGGAAGAAGGACAUAGAGACGACAACCAUGGUCAACUUCCUCUCUCAGGUGAAGCGGACAUAUUCCCAGGGAACGUACCGAGCCGGGGCCAUGCGGCAGGUCAGUCUGGUGGGGGCUGUGGACGAAGAGGUCGGAGACUACUUCCCCGAGUUCAUCAACAUGUUAGAGGAAUCUCCCUUUCUGGAGCGGACUUUGCCCUGGGGAACGUUCUCCAGUCUGCGGCUGCACAGUCCCACAGAGAGCGACGACGGCCCCAUCAUGUGGGUCAGACCGGGAGAACAGAUGAUCCCAAUGGCAGACAUGCCAAAAUCACCAUUCAAAAGGAAAAGGUCGACCAAUGAGAUAAAGAACCUGCAGUACCUACCCAGAGCCAGUGAGCCCAGGGAGAUGCUGUUUGAGGACCGGACGAGAGCCCACGCCGACCACAUUGGUCAGGGCUUUGAGAGACAAACUACUGCUGCCGUAGGUGUGCUGAAGGCUGUGCGCUGCGGAGAGGACACUGACGCUCCUGGCCGAAUCACCAAAGAUGUUGUGUGUUUUCACGCUGGGGAUUUCCCAGAAGUGGUCAUGAGGCUGCAGCUGGACCUACACGAACCUCCGCUGUCUCAGUGUGUGCAGUGGAUUGAUGAUGCCAAGCUGAACCAGCUAAGGAGGGAGGGGAUCCGAUACGCCCGGAUCCAACUCUACCACGAUGACAUCUACUUCAUUCCCAGAGGAGUCGUCCACCAGUUCAAAACCGUGGCCGCUGUCUGCAGUCUGGCCUGGCACAUCCGACUCAAACAGUAUCACCAACACGAAGUGAAGGAGGAGGAAGAGGUGAAGGAAGAGAAGUGUGCACCUAGAGAAGAAAAACUUCAUAUCAAAGAAGAGGAGGAGGAGGAGGAGGAGGAAGAAGAGGAGGACGAGGAGGAAGAAGAAGAAGAAGAAGAAGAGGAGGAGGAGCCUGAGCCUGCUGCAAAGAUGGUGCCGAAGCAGGAGUAUGAGGACUCCGAGGAAGAGGACACACCGCCCUCGAAAACUCAGACACAGACCUUCAAGGAGGAAGAGAAAGACAUCAGAAGCGAAAUCAAGAGCUUUUCAACGGCACAGUCUCUACCUUUCGUCAAGAAGGAGAGAGAUGAAGGUGUGCUCACUCACACACUAAUGGAGCCUAAAACUGAGGAAGACGAGAAAGGCAAGGGAGGGGGUGAAGACUCAUGCCAGGCACUGCAGAAGGGCCACGAGGAGGGUGGAGUGGAAAGUCCAUCUUUUAAGUCAACACCGCAAAUUAGGAAGGAGAAUGACGUAGAGGAAGAGAGGCAGCAAAAGACAACUGUACCAGGUCAAGGUCUAAAAGAGAAAACUAAAGAUAGUAUAAUGAGCAAUUACAACACACCACAAAUCAAAAAGGAAAAAGACAAAGGAAGGAGAGAAAAGGAUGAAAAGGAGAGGGUUAAAGAGAAAGAAAAGAGAGACAAGGAGAGGAGUAAAGAGAAGGAAAGGGAUAAAAAGGAGAGGGCGAAAGACAGGGAGAGGGACAGGGCGAGAGAGCAGGAGAGGGUUAAAGCAGAGGGAGGUACAUCAACACUGCCGCCCAUUAGGAAAAAAGAGGACGAGGAGCGGACAAGGGAGGGAACUAAAACCUCUCAAACUUCCCUGUCUGCACAGAGAGACGAGAAGUGGGACUCAAAGACACAAGUCCACGUUAAGAAAGAGAAGGAGCACGAUAAAGACCGGGAGAGAUCACAGUCUCACCUACGGCCGGACAGAGUGGAGGCCCGAGACGCCUGCUCCAACAAACACAAGCCUUCGCACGGGAAGAAGGAGAAAAGCGGGCACAGGGAGGGCAGAGAGGGAAACACGUUGAGUACGCAGGCAAAGUCGGGGAGAGAAGACGGGAAGACAGGCACUCCUAAACCGGCAAACAUUCAGGUCAAGAAAGAUGGGAAGAAGGACAAAGACGUCUACAGCAAAGAGGAGAGGAAGAAGGCUGCCUCUGGUCCACCAGAACACAAACAACCACGGACGCUCAUCACCUUUGACCUCUUUAAGCCCAUGGAAGCUCACCAAACUCUGGCCCUCUCUUUCACGGACAGUCGGCCUAAAACACACCAUCACAGUGACUCUCGGGGCACUUCCUCUAAGCCCGGAUCUGACAGUCGGACAGUAACGCCCUCUAAAGGUUCAAAAGCAAAGGACACAGUGCAGGGAAAACCUGCCACACCCGUACAGGACACUCGGCCACCGCAGCACUCAUUAAAACAGCCCCUUAAAACACACACGCCGCAAACACAGAAAGACUUCUUAAUAUGAAUGUCUAGAUGUCUAGUCUUCUUUUUUUACUGUACAACUUACGCCAUGGCUUUGUUAAGAUAUUUGAAAAUGCAUCCUUUCUUAAAUGGUCUUUCUAGUUUGUAAUCGAGGAGCGGGGUGCAUCCCAUUUCUUUGCUGACAGCCACAUUACUCCAGUGACGUAGUAAAAAGAGGAUGCACUCCAAGUAUUUUAUCAGUGCCUAAGAAUGUAAGCUAAGUAGCUCACUUCACGUUUGUUAGCGAAUGUAUGUAGGCUCUAUAUAAAAUGUUAUGUGACCCAUGUGUCAGUGCCUGUGCACUACUUAGCUUCGCUCUUAAAGCACCUAUUUUAGGUACUGGACUAGCCAAUCUGAAAACAACUAUCCUUACUGCGCUCUAUAGGAAUUACCUACGUUCACUGUUGGGGAAAUUGCAGCAAUUCACCGCGCUGCUGCUGAAAUGCCAUGUGGCUUUAUUCGAUGGGGUUUGUAAUUUCUAACACUCUCAAAUCGGAGCGGGUCGUUGUUUUCAGACUGGACGUUGUUUGACUCACACAGGGCUGUAAAUGAUACUGUAUGUACCAAAACUGUACAGUAUAGAUGUUAUUAGCACCAAUGUGAGAAAAUGUAUACAGAAAUUGCAUAUAUUUUUUGUAAGACAAGUUUUAUUUUCCAUAGAACUUAUUUAUAUCAUUUACUGUCUGUUUUUAUUUGAAACCAAUAUGUGAAAUUUUGUUGUAAAUACAUUUUAUUUCCUAAGAUAAGACUUGGUAGUGUGAUUUAUACUCUGAUCAGAACCUCUCAAUAAAUGGUUCAAAAAUAA